AUGGCCAUCUCCGUCAACCUUGAAGCGGUCUACUCCGCCCCGCAGUCUACAGAGACCUUCCAACAUGCAAUUCCUUCCGACGGAGCUGACACCCUGGCCGCGAAGCAAGCACACCUCAAUGCCCUGCAAACCCUCGUCCCCAAACUACAAGACCAGAUCAAUGUGUUCCUGACAGAGCGCAUGGAAGAGGACAAGAAAGCUCAAGGCCAGAUCUCCGCCCAAGAAGCCAAGGAGGAAGAGAACUACGGAGAGGAGGUCGUUGAAGAUGAUGCAUGA